AUGAACAUAGAAUUAUCGGUGUUGGUCUGCGUUGUUAACUGUCUUGCAAUCGCAUCAUGUCAUUCCUACGGCAAGGGUAGCCACGAGUUGGCAACACCUCCAAAACUCAGGAUUCCUGAGGGAAGAAGACAAAUAGCCCUCGUUGCCACGCGCAAAGGACACAAAUAUCCAUAUUUAUUGGCCUUCCACAGGAACGAAUGCGAGUUCUGCCAAGAUAUGGAAGCUUUAAUAAACCGAGCUAAUGUCGAGCACAAUCUUCAUAUCAAACGGCUCGAUGUCGCAUCGGACAACAACUAUGAGCUCAUGGUAAAAUUGGAUAGGAAGUCGAAAUGCGGAGGUCUGCCAUUUUUUUAUAAUCUUCUCACACACCAACACAUUUGUGGCGCCACCAACUACCGGAAUCUGAUUGCCUGGGCCAACGGCAAAUAUUUAAGUAAUGCGAAUCCGUAUCCGUUGAAGGAGGAAGAAAUCAAAGCGUCCUACCGAAGAAGCGGGUUAUACGCCAGAAUAAUGGUGAAACUGAGAAAUGUUAGUUUGUACACCGAAAUAUGA